UAGACUAAUCAUGAAAAAAUGGAGUAUGUGUCCUAAAUCCUAAGCUUACUGCAUUUAGCUAAAGAACACAAUGAACUCCCUUCAAUUGGUCCAGACACCAGACCCUGGGAGCCAGACUGACAGAAAUGAUCAAGUUUCAGACAAAAGCAUUGUAGUUCCUAAGAAACUUGUCACUGUAGCUGAUAGCUUCAAAGGAGAACUUUCAUGGUUCAUUGCUCCGCAAAUCCCAACAGACUCUUCAAUUCAAGUCCAGGAAAUCAUUUAUAAUGUACACAAGUACCCCUUGAUAUCAAAAUGUGGCUACAUAGGACGACUGGAGGUUCAGCCAUUGAUAUCAAGUUCUAGCAAAGUGCUUAAGCUUGAAAACUUUCCAGGAGGACCUGAAACAUUUGAAACAAUUCUAAAAUUCUGUUAUGGUCUCCAUGUAGACUUCAAACCAGAUAACAUAGCUGCAAUAAGAUGUGCAUCAGAAUUCCUAGAGAUGACUGAGGAUCUAGAAGAAGGAAAUCUCAUUUCCAAGACAGAAGCUUUUCUCACUUUUGUUGUGCUCUCUUCAUGGAAAGACACUGUCACUGUUCUAAAAUCUUGUGAAAAUCUAUCUCCAUGGGCUGAAAACCUCCAAAUUGUAAGAAGAUGUUGUGAUUCCAUUGCUUGGAAGGCUUCUAAAGAUGCUCCUACAAUUGAGGAUGCAGCAUCUAAUCAAGAAAACUGGUGGUUCAAUGAUGUUGCCGCCUUCCGCAUCGACCAUUUUAUGCGUAUUAUUUCAGCAAUAAGGGCAAAAGAAACCAAACCAGAGAUCAUUGGUAAAUGUAUCAUGCAAUACGCAAAGAGAUGGCUACCGGGAAUGGAUGAGGAGCUGGAAGGGCUAAGAGGAUAUGGACAUGGAAAAAGUAACCUACACUUCACUGUUUUUAGUGGGAAGGAAAAAGAAAGCAGUGCACACAGCAAGCAGCAAAAGACAAUUAUUGAAAGCCUAGUAAGCAUACUUCCUCCUCAACAAGAAGCUGUCCCAUGUAAGUUCUUGUUGCAGAUGUUAAAGAUGGCCAUGAUGUAUUCUGUAUCACCAGCUCUCACUUCGGACCUCGAAAAAAGAGUUGGUGUGGUGUUGGAAGAUGCUGAGGUGAAUGAUCUUUUAAUUCCAAGAUAUCAAAAUGGAGAUCAAGGAAAAACUGUCAACAUGAAUAAUUCAUCUGAAGAGUGCACUAUGGAAGACAUAGAUGUGGUGCAACGAAUUGUUGAAUACUUCCUGAUGCAUGAACAACAGCAGAUGCAACUGCAACAGAAGACUGCGAAAUUCAAUAUUAGUAGGCUCUUGGACAAUUACCUAGCUGAAAUUGCAAGAGAUCCAAAUCUUUCAAUCACCAAGUUCCAAGUUCUAGCUGAAUUGCUACCAGAAAACACUCGAUCGUUUGAUGAUGGUCUAUAUAGAGCCAUUGACACCUACCUCAAGACCCAUCCUUCACUGACCGAGCAUGAUCGUAGAAGACUGUGCAAAACAAUGAACUGUGAGAAACUCUCACUUGAUGCAUGUAUGCAUGCUGCACAAAACGACCGAUUGCCUUUAAGAGCUGUUGUCCAGGUUUUAUUUCAGGAGCAAGUAAAGUUGAGGGCGGCAAUGCAAGAGAAGGAGCCAGCACAAAGUGGAAUCCAGACUGAACAGGACGAAAAUCAGAUAUCUGCAACUAUCGACAUAAAAACACUCAAAGCAGAACUUGAGAAUGUAAAGUCUAAGAUGGUAGAACUGCAGAGUGACUAUUUUGAGUUGCAACAAGAGUAUGAAAAGUUAAGCAACAACAAGCCAAAGAAUUCAUCAGCGUGGAGUUUUAAUUGGCGGAAGAUUAAGAACUCCUUUCAUACAAAACCAGCAGGAGUUGAAACUGGAGAUGGACAGGAUAAGCCCAAGACACCAAACCAGACUCGAAGUAAAGAAACCCCUAGAAGAAGGCAAUCCAUGUCUUAAAAUACUGCAACAGGCUAAAUCCUGCAGCAAAGCCAUUUUUUAUAUGAAGCAUAACGUCUCAAUUUUAUAUCUACAGAUAUUGUUGACUCCAAAGAAAGAAAAACGUUCCUUGUUGGCUGUAGCUUCCAUAUUUCCAAAUGCUGCAAUUGAAGUAAUACAUAUAAAAACAAGAAAAUGGAAUUACUUUGUUAAUUGACUAGAUUAGUGAUACAUGCUCAUGAACUCCAAGAACAUACAGUCGAUAGAACAUCAACUUAUAAUGCAGAUGAAGGGAAAACAAAAACACUCCAGUUUUGCAGAA